UCUCAGGACUCCGGAGAGUUUGGCUUCAUCUCCGAUCGAAGGUGUUCAUCGGAGAAGAGAUGACGGUGCUAUCGAAGAGGUUCCAAUCUCGCAAGAAUCACCGCUCAAUUCCAUCGGGCACCUCAUCCAGAGUGGUUUCCAGUUCGAAGCGGAGAGCCUCGGCGUGGUCCGUCUAUCUGAUCGUCUCGUCCCGGCUGCCACGGACCUAUGUCGGCGUCACCACCAAUUUUGAGCGCCGUUUAAAGCAGCAUAAUGGUGAACUCAGGAGCGGGGCUAAAGCAUCAUCUGCAGGAAGGCCUUGGACGCUUGCAUGCAUUAUUCGAGGUUUCAGGAAUCGAAGUGAAGCUUGUAAGUUUGAAUCAAAAUGGAAGAUCAUCUCUCGAAGGAUGCCAAGGAAAAAGAGCAGGGAAGAGCGGUCCCUAAAUUUUUUAUUACAACAUCGGGAAACAGCUCUUAGUAAGCUUAAAGCAUCAUUUGAUUGCAGUUACUUGCAAAUCGAGUGGCAGUCCAACUCCUCUUGAGCAGUGUCCAUCACGCUAAGUAACCAAUACCAAAAGCUCAGGUGACAAAUUAUUGCCGAAGUUAUAAAAGUUAAACACAAGCCCAGUGAAUUUCUGCUGAGUUUAAUACAAAUGGAGUACAAGUUGGGUUUAUCACUUUGGAGCUCUAAUUCUAUUAUAUUUGUAAAACAUCAAGACGAGAUACUCUUGAUUACUUUGGAAUUA